AUGCCAACAUACGACGUCGCUUUGUCGCUCACCGCCGUCAAGCAUUACCCUCCAAUGGCUUCUCUGUAUUGCCGGGCUCCAGAGCUGUACCCGUCAUCUACUUCCCUCAAUUUUGGUCUUUGGAGAGGCAGCAGAAAGCAAAAGGCUUCGAGACUAAAAGCAAACUUGUGGGAGUCCAUUAGAUCAGGUAUUUUGAAGAAAGACACAGCACAGGUUAUAGAGGCACCUCCGAGUGCUGAAGAAGCGGGAGAGCCCUUGCCCGAGGAAUUUGUCCUCGUUGAGAGGAUGAGAGCUGAUGGAAUGGUUGAACAAAUCAUAUUCUCUUCCGGUGGGAAUAUUGACGUGUAUGAUCUCCAAGCUUUAUGCGAUAAGGUUGGUUGGCCUCGGAGGCCACUGUCAAAGCUGGCAGAAGCUCUAAGAAAUAGCUACAUAGUUGCUACUUUGCAUUCCGUAGAGAAAUCAGCUGGAGAAGUUGUGGAUUUCUAUCGGAAUCUAGGUUUUGAGCCUGACCCUGACGGCAUUAAAGGCAUGUUUUGGUAUCCAAAGUAUUAA